CAAUUCACCGAAUGGUCUUCCCCCAGCCAACUCAACUGUCUCUCUCUCUCUCUCUCUCUCUCUCUCACACACACACACACACACACUGUAGGCAUAAGCCGCAUAACUGCAUAAGGCAGCCGCUCUCUCUGAGUUCGCUGGAACGACCCAUUUAAUCCAGUGCAGUGCAGGGAUGCUGGGAAAAUCAUUGGCUUCUCCCAUGCUGACCUGCGAUUCUGUGACACGCUUCUGUUUUUCCCCUGAUCUUGCACCAGUUGCUCCAAAUAUUGCGCUUAUAAAUGUUAACUUUUCAAAUGGUGUUCCAUCAAAUGUGACCAGAGGAGCUUGGACCUCCAUGUUAGCACCUAAGAAAUGGGAGUUGCGUUCAACUGCACAAACAAAUAAUAUAGCCUUAAGCGACGAAGAGAGGAAGACGUGGGAAGCAUGCAGACAAGCUUUAUCCGCAUUUAAGUUCAGCAUGGAGGAGGAAGAUAAAAUACUAGGAAAAGCAUUUGGGCAGAUCCAUUCGCCUUACUGGGGAGAAGAGCGGAAGAAAGAGGUGCCAAAAUUUGAAACUGUAAAUGAAAUAUUGGAUUAUUUAAGGGGUCUAAACCUUUCCGACGAUGAUCUGUGCAAGCUGCUAAAAAAAUUCCCUGAAGUUCUUGGAUGUAGUUUUGAAGAUGAGUUGAGGACCAAUGUGCAGGUUUUAGAAAAGGAUUGGGGAAUAACAGGGAAAUCUCUACGAAACCUUCUUCUUCGCAAUCCAAAAGUGCUGGGGUAUAAUGUCGAUUGUAAAGGAGAUUGUAUGGCACAAUGCACUCGCUGCUGGGUUCGAUUUUAGCUGUAUUAAUUUUAAAUUAUUAUUAUUAUUUUUUUCUGAUACAAAGGGAGCAAUAUACUGUUAAUUAGAACUUUUUUUGUAAUUGAAUCAUUAAUAAAACAAAAUAAUAUCAUUUGUAUGUGACUGAA